AUGAGAGAAGGAGAGCUACCUGGGCUUUUGGUAAAUGAAAUCGGUGGCAAACAUGGGAUAUUGCAUGGCCACGUGGCAUUCCUGAAGAAACAUUUCUACCUCAUCACCAUGAAGGAAUUUCUUGAAGACAGAAAGCGUAUGAGUAAAAAGGUCCAAGCGAUCUAUUUGUGGUGGCACAAACCAGUCAUUGACCAAGAGCUCCUCCAGAGCCUACCAAACUUGAAAGUGAUUGCGAAUUCAGGGGUAGGGAUGGAUCACCUGGAUCUGAAGCUUGUCGCUAGCUUCGGUGUGAAGAUGGCUAACGCCCCACGUGCCGUUUCCAGCAGCACAGCAGAUACUGGGAUGGCUUUGCUGCUGGCAUCUGCUAGAAGACUAGUGGAAGGCUAUCACAUUGCAAUGUCUUCAGGUAUGGAGUACUGUGAAGCCGAUAUUCUGGGAGUUAAAGUUACUGGAGCUACUCUAGGGAUUAUUGGCAUGGGCAGCAUCGGAUAUAAGAUUGCUCUGAGAGCCAAAGCGUUUGAAAUGAACAUUUUGUACCACAACAGGACACGGAGGAAAGAGCAAGAGGAGCAAGCUGUCGGCGCCACUUACUGCGAAACGAUAGACAGCUUGCUCCAGCGGGCAGAUUUUGUGAUGGUGGUGGUGAGCCUGACACCUCAGACGCACAAGCUGAUCGGGAAAAGAGAGAUGGAGCUGAUGAAGCCCACGGCUACUCUCAUUAACAUCAGCCGAGGUGCAGUAGUUGACCAAGAGGCGCUGGUGACAGCUCUGCAGACCGGUGUUAUCAGGGCCGCAGCUUUGGAUGUCACCUACCCCGAGCCACUGCCCAGAGAUCAUACGUUGUUAAAAUUAAAGAACGUCAUUAUAACGCCUCACCUAGGCAUUAAAACAGACAAGGCCACCUACAUGAUAACAGAGGAAGCAGUUGAAAACAUACUAGCGGCUCUUAAUGGUCUCCCCAUACCCAGUGAAGUGCUCCCUAGCUGA